AUGUGUAUUGUUUUGUUCACAGACUUGACUCAGAGCCAGAUGCUAUGUCGGGGAGUUUCCACCCACAAAGUGGGCGGUUUCCGUGGGCACACACCACGAAUCUCUUUUACAAACAAAGAUGAGCCAGAGCCACAUGAGACUCGCAGAAAAUCAGCGAGCAGUCGUCUGGGCAGUUCGCCUAGGCCGAGUAUAGCGAGUGACGAUAGAGCCGAUGGUAUGGUGCUCAGGUAUGUUAGAUCCCUUCUAGGACUUCAGCUGUUUAUAUCCGGCAUAGAUGUUUCACAGGGAUACCUUUUAGAACCUCAGCUGUUCAUAUCCGGCAUAGAUGUUUCACAAGGGUGUCUUUUAGGUCAGUUUUCCAUAAUGUACGUUACGAUGUUUUACUAA